CAAAAGAAGAAAGCGUGGACGUCAAGAAGUCCACACUCAAGUCAAGUUGCUCUUCGCUUUACUCUCUAACAAGCUCACUUCUUCCAUUGUCUGAUCAAGUUUAUGCAACUCAGGUUCAUAUUUCUCCUCGUGAAUUAUUUUUGUUUUUCUGGGGAUCAGAGGAUGACUUGAAUUUGAUAACGGGAAAAGAGAGAGUGUUGCUGAGCUGCAGGUCUUUACUUUAAGUGCUUGUUGCUAUUGGCUAGCAACAUUUUGCUUCAUGGAGAGGUUCUCCUGGACAUUUGAAGGUCCUGGCCGUGGGGGCCGAUAUCAGCAAAAUAUUGAUGGUGACAGAUUCUGGUUAAGUCAACAAAUUUCUGCGGACGAGUUAACAGACUAUGAGAGGGAGGAUAUAGAAUAUGCAAAAGCCCUUUCGCUUUCAGAAGAAGAUCAGAAAGGAAAAACUUUCAUUAAUACAUCACCGAACUAUGAUGAAUAUCAAUCCAAAUACAAACAAGCUUCUAAAGCCCUGCGAGAAAUAGACAAACUCCAUGCUAAAGCUCAGCUGAUGGAGGAUGAACUACUGGCAAUUGCUCUCCAGAACAGUUUAAAUGUAGAAGAUCGAUCUAGACACAGCGAUGGAAAUACGCUUCAACUUCAUCCAGUUUCAUCUUCAGGCUCGAGAAUCUGUGCAGGUUGCAAGAGUCAGAUUGGUCUUGGCGAUUUCCUGAGGUGCAUGGAUGCUGAUUGGCAUCAGAAAUGCUUUCGCUGCCACGCAUGUGGUCUUGCAAUUGCUGAUCGUAAGUUUUCAGUGUCCGGGGACCACCCCUAUCAUGAAACAUGCUACAGAGACCACCAUCAUCUAAGAUGUGACGUUUGCAAGAAUUAUCUGCCGAUAAACAAAAAGGGAAUGGAGUACGCGGCUCAUCCUUUCUGGAUGCAAAUGUAUUGCCCAGCACAUGAGCGAGAUGGGACUCCAAGAUGUUCUAGCUGUGACAGGAUGGAACCAAGAGACACGACGUACUUGUCGCUUGAUGAUGGUCGAAAGCUAUGUCUAGAGUGUCUACAAUCUGCGAUUAUGAAUACCGAUGAGUGUCAACCUCUUUAUCUCGAAAUACAAAGAUUCUAUAAAAGUAAGAAUAUGAAAGUGGACCAGCAGAUUCCUCUACUCCUGGUUGAAAGACAAGCGCUGAAUGAAGCAAUGGAAGGAGAAACCAAUGGACAUCAUCACUCGCAUGAAACUAGAGGACUAUGCUUAUCAGAAGGACGGAGUGUUCCCACUGUUAUGCGAGGGGCAAGAGUUGGAGUACGCAACCAAUUUAUUGAUUUGAUUACUGAACCUCAUAAGCUGGUUCGUUCAUGCAACGUGACUGCAAUCCUCAUUUUGUAUGGCCUCCCUAGGCUAUUGACGGGCUCAAUCCUUGCUCAUGAGAUCAUGCAUGCUUGGCUUCGACUUGAAGGUUAUCCUAACCUUAGUCCAGAGGUUGAAGAAGGCAUUUGUCAAGUUCUGGCUCAUAUGUGGUUGAAUUCUGAGAUCAAUUCAAGCUCCACAUAUGAUGUUUCGUCAUCCUCAUUGCCGUCAUCUUCCUCUUCAUCAACAUCGAAGAAGGGCAAAUGGUCAGACUGUGAGAUACAACUUGGCAAGUUUUUUAAGCAUCAAAUAGAGAAUGAUAUCUCAACGGCCUAUGGAGAGGGAUUUAGGUUAGGAAACGAGGCAGUGGAGAAGCAUGGCCUUAGGGAAACUCUCCAUCACAUUCGACGGACAGGGACCUAUCCACCGUGAUUUAUUAAGUGGCCGUCUGUGGAACUUUGAUUUUCAGUGGUUAGUGACUUGAUACAGCAUGAGCAAGAGCAUAAGUAGAACUUACGAAUAUAUCAGCAAUCAAAUUUGCUUGACGUUUAUAUAGCAGAUGUCGGAUUCAAAGGUAUAGUAAGACACUACAUUCUAUUUUCUAAAGUAACAGUGAAGGGGUCGGGGAAGUGCAUAUGUACAUGUUUGUGUGAUUUUUCAGCUACGUGUAAUGCUGGGCUCAUCAUGAGAAACUGAUUGAAAUGCCAAUGUAUGUCUUCUUGCGGAGUCACUGCGUCAGUUCUUCAGGA